AUGGCGCUGCGGCUGUUUCAAAAACUCAACAGCAACGUCAAGGGCAGGCUGGGGGCCCUCGAGGCGCAGCUGCAGGCAGACACGCUGCUGGGGCGGCUGCAGUCUGGCUUUGCGCCUUUGCUGCCAGAGCCAGCAGCAGCAGCAGCAGCAGCAGCAGCAGCAGGGGGGGGGGCAGGGGCUGGGGGGAAAGGGCAGCUUGGGCUGUCGCAGCUGCAGCGCGCGCAGAUCAUUGAGGUCGACGAUGCUGCUGCUGCUAAGCUGCAGCAAAUCGCGCAGCAGCUGCUGCUGCUGUGCAAGCAGCUGCAGCGGCAGCAUCUGCAGCAGGCAACCACGGAGCAGCAGCAGCAGCAGCAAUGGACCCCCUCAGCAGCAAAGAUGGGGCCCUUGACUCCUGUGGGGUCUCACCAGCACAGCAUUGAGCUGCUCUGCAACAUGCUGCUGCUGCGGUCUCCCGCCGCAGGCAGCAGCAGCAGCAGCAGCAGCAGCAGCACGGCCUCACCCGCCGUAGAAGAAGCAAUUCAAACAGCUCUAGAAGUGCUGCUGCUGCUGUGCGAACCGCCGCCUCUUGUUAGCAUGAUUGUUGAGCAGCAGCAGCAGCUGCUGCAGCAGCAGCAGCAGGACGCCGCGGUGCCUGCUGGCGCCGUUGUAGCAGCAGCAGCAGCACCAGCAGCGACUGCAACAGCAACAGCAGCAGCAGAGUGGGCCAGCGCCUUCGAAACGGCGGAAGAUUUGCAUGUGUUUGCUGCGCUGCAGCAGGGGCCACCCGCAGCAGCAGCAGCAACAGCAGCAGAGGAAAGCGCAGGCAGCAGCAGCAAUAACAGCAACGAUGCUGCAGCAGGCACUGCGGAAGCUCGACACAAGCGGCUGGCAGCAGCAGCUGCUGCUGCUGCUUCUGCGGGCAUUCCUGCAGGCGCUGCAGCAGCUGCAGCCCUGUCUCCCAUGGACAAAAACGCAGCAGCAGCAGCAGCGGCUGCUGCUGCUGCUCAUUUGCUGCUGCUGCGGCGUGUCUGCUGCAGCACGGGAGGCGGUGAAGCCUUAGUGCUGCUGCUGCAGCUGGGUAACAGUGAGCUCCAGCUAGACUGUCUGCUGCUGCUGCGUCGGCUGCUGCAGUGCAGCAGCAGCCUGGAACUCUACGAACAGCAGCAGCAGCAGCAGCAGCAGCAGCCGGCGCUAGCAGCAGCUGUUGCCGACGCCUGUUCACAGGGGGGCAGCUGCAUGCAGCAGCUAACAGCAGCACUGGGGGCUGAGGGCCCCACAGCAGAGGCCCUGAGGGCCAAUGCGCUGCAGCUGCUGCAGCUGCUGCUGCAGCAGUCGCCUCCCUUGAGGGCUGCAUGCACGAUACAGGUGAGGUGUGGGGCCAGCAGCAGCAGCAGCAGAUGCAGCUGCUGCUGCUGCUGCUGCUUCUGCACAGCUGAAGAGACAUGCGACACGCAGCUUGCUUCAACCCACACUCUGCUGCUGCUGCUGCUGCUGCUGCAGGGGGGCCUUGAGGCGCUGCUGAGGGUUCUGGGCGUCGAGCUGAGCUUUGCGCCUUUGUCGGACGUCUACGCAGCAAAUCCAGCAGCAGCAGCAGCAGCUGCUGCUGCUGCUGCUGAUGACAGCAGCAGCAACCUUGUUGCUGUUUCCCCUCAGUCUUUAACCGCCCUGCGGUGUCUGCUGCUGCUGGCAGCAGAUGAGUAUGGCUGCAAGUACAUGCGAGAAGCCCAAGUGCUGCAGCAGCUGCUGCUGCUGCUGCGGUUCCUGCUGCAGCAGCUGCUGCAGCACCUUGUCAGGGAGCAGCAGCAGCUGCUGCACGGCGAAUUCUCAACUGCAGCAGGCACUCCGGAGAAGCAGCAGGCAGGCAGCAGCAUCAACAGCAGCAGCAGCAGCAGCAGGCGCAGCGGCGUAGGCAGUGUGUGCAAGGCAGCAAAGCUGCUGCUGCUGCUGCUGCAGCAGUUUGUUGCAUGCAAAGAAGUUGCUUCUGCAGACGACGGGGGAGCCACAGGGCUGCCCUUUGGCUUCAUGCGACUGCAGCACGGCACAGCAGCAGCAGCAGCAGCUGCUGCUGCAGCAGCAGCAGCAGAAAAUGAAGGAAUAAGCCCCGCAGAGUUCGCCAAGAACUGCGCGGCGCUGCUGCGGUGGGGGUUGCCAGAUGCAUGCUGUCGCUUUGCUGCUGAGCUUGCUGCCGUGCUGCUGCAGCUGCAGCACCAACAGCAGCGGCUGCUGCAGAAGCAGCAGCAACAGCAGCAGCAGCAGCAACAGCAGCUGCUCCAGCACUGCCACACAACCAAACAAAUUCUUGUGGAGGCACUGGAACUGCUUGUGUCUGCUGCCAGAGGCGCUGGGCCCCAAGCAGCGGCUGCUGCGUUGUGCCCGGUGCAGCAGCAGCAACAGCAGCAGCAGCAGGAGCCGCUCUCGUCUCUUGUGCAUGCGGCACUCCUCUCAGCAGGCGACUCCGUGCUGCAGCAAGUGCUGCUGUCUUCGAUAGACUUGCUUCUUGCAGGUAAUGCGUUGCUGCAGCAGCAGCUGCUGGGGCAAACUAUAGCAGCACUUGGCAGCAUUGAGCUUCACCCGCUGCUGCUGCAGCUGCAGCAGCAGCAGCGGCACAGUGGGGAAGAGGCUAUUUCGAGCAUUGCCACCUCAGCAGAAGCAUUCUUGCUGCCCUUGGCAGGGCAGGGAGAGCAGCAGCAGCAGCAGCAGCAGCGGGAAGUAGCUCCUGCAGGCAUGCGUAUUGCAGCUCUGUUGCACUGGUUAGCAGGGUUUGCUGCUGCAGCUGCUGCUGCAGCUGAGGAAAAGGCAGCAGCAGCAGCCUCGGCAGCAGUAAGCGACAAUCCAAGCAGCUUCUGCAACGGCUUGAGCGCCGCAUCUGCUGCUGCAGCAGCAGCGACAGCAGCAUUAGGGCCUGGGGGUGACUUGCUGCUGCAGCAGCGGCUGCUGCAGGCUCAUGCAGCUCUGCCAGCAACUGCAGCAAGUGCGGCCACUGCAGCAGGAGUAGCAGCAGCAGCAGCAGCAGCAGCAGACUCCGGAGGGCAACAGCAGGUCGCUCACUGCUACCAGCUGGAGAAGCAGCAGCAGCAGCAGCAGCAGCAGUACGAUCCCCAAAAGGAGCAGCACAACGGGCAGCAGCAGCAGCCCGCACUAAAAAUGCUGCAGCAAGAGCAGCAGUACCAGCAGCAACAGCUUCUGCAUCUUAAACAGCACGAAGACCCCCUCCAGCAGCAGUAUGAGCAGCAGCGGCAGCUCGUGCAGCAGCAGCAAGAGCCCCAACCCGAGCAGCAGCAGCAACUACAACAGCAGCUACAGCAGCAGCAGCUACAGCAGCAGCAGCAGCUACAGCAGCAGCAGCAGCUACAGCAGGAGCAGCAACUACAACAGCAGCAGCAACUGGAGCAGCAGCAGCUGCAACAGCAACAGCAGCAGCAGCAAGUACAACAGCAGCAGCAGCUGGAGCAGCAACAGCUGCAGCAGCAGCAGCAACAGCUGCAGCAGCAGCAGCAGCAAGAGGACGAGGAAGCAGAGUUCGCAGAAUAUUAUGCAACUGUAGCGCGCGUGGACCCCUCGCAGCUGACGCUGCAGCAGCAGCAAGAGUUUGAACUUUUCAAGCAGCAGUGGGAGCUGUACAUACACCACCGCAGACAAGCUAGGGCCAGCAGCAGCAGCAGCAGCAGCAGCAGCGGCAACAGCAACAACAAUAACGCAGGCGUCCCCCUGUACGGGUAG